GCCCAGUCGCACCUCACCUCUCUCUCGAACCCUAGCUACCCCGCUCCCCUCUCUCUCGAUCUCACCAUCUCCCUGCCGCAACGCCGCCUCCCUCCUCUCGUUCUCUUUCCCCUCGCGUCCGAUCCACAUCUCUCUCCCUCUCCUCGCUCGCGCACAGGGCCGCAGCUCCCCGCGCCCGUGCUCCAGCGCCGUCAUACAUACAGGGAGGAGCGAGAGCUCCUCGCGCUUGAUCCCCAUGGCUGCCUCGCGAGAGUCCCACCUGCGCCUCAUCUCGUCCCCGUCCCUCCAGUGCUACCGUCGCCGUGGCCUCUCCGAGCUCUGCCCGCAUCGACGCCUCAAGCCGCCUUCGUCCCCGCGCCGCGAGACCUCCCCGUCGCCAGCAUCACUGCCCUGCCGCACCUGAGCUCCUCCACGACCACCGCAUCCCCCGCUCGCGCCCGGCCGGUCCUCUGCAUCGCCAGCUGCCGACGCCGUACAUUUCGGUUCGUCCCCGACCCCGCGGCCCUGGCCUCCGUCCUCAUGUCGAACCUCCAUGACGCCGCCACCCCUAUGCUCCGCCACAGGCCUCCAUCGAUCCAUGCCCGCAGCAGCGCCCCCAACGCCUCCUCGUCCCCGCACAGCCCGCGAGGCACCGGCCUCCUCUGCUUCGCGCCUCCCAAGCAGCGUCCAAGAGCCCGAGCUCCAUCUUCUACGCCGCGUUCGAGCAAGAGGAGCUUGCUGCUCGAGCAUGCACCAAGAACCAUGGCGCCCUCCCGAGCACCUCCCGUGCGUGCCUUCACUCGUCCUCGUCGGCCAUCCGUGGGAAGUUUUGGCAUGGGCAUGGCCGAGACCCCCCGAGCAUUUUGUUGCCUCGGUGCACCUCCGUUCCUGGAGUUUUGGACCAUCAAGACUUGUUGCCCAGACAUGAACCCCCACAAGACGUUUCAAGGAUCGCCAAGUACCUCUACCGACGGCCCCGAACAUCUACAGACGUGUAUGACUACUGUUGCCCGAAGUACCGUGGGUCACAAACACCGCGAACGACUACCGUCGCCGAAGUCCGCGAGUACAACUACUUCCACAACGCGUCGUGUACGACUACCGUCGCUUGGGUUUGACAAGACACCGAGUACCACUACGUUUGCCAUGUACAUCUACACCAAGACCGGAUCGACAAGUGCCCUGAGAACGUAUGCACCUCUUCCGUCGUCGAGGACCGAAAGUACCACUACGUCCCAUCGAACCUGUCCGCCUCGAAACGCUCGCUUCGACUUCGAAGUUCCGGUAACGUUGCAUUUGUGAGAAUCCGUUCAACCACGUCCGUUUGUCUUCUUCAUGGACUCGCUCUUCUUCCUUGCGGGAUCUCAGGCAAGAUGACCAUACCCUCGAAAUCACUUCUAUCUUUGCUUGCUAGUUGUUCGUUCUAUC